UAUUCACGCGCGUGAAGUAACAGCCUCGUCCUUCCUGUUCAAAUCCGUUCGCCUCUUAUGAUUAUUAUCUGUGGUGGUCGGCGAGCUGCUGAAUCUCUGUAUUUUGUAGAACCAAGUCGCCGAAACCCUAAUUUUCUUGUGAUUCUCAGACAUUUUUCUGUUGAUUGUUUGUUUGUUUGUACAUUCAUACACACAGUACCGAGAGAUAUAUAUAGAGACAGCGCUGAAUCCGCUGAUUCAUGAACGGCAGCCAUGGAAGCUGAGAGAAUGGGGAAAGAACAGCAGCGGACUACCAGGAAAAGGCCUCGUUCAGCAUGGGACGUGGUGCCAUCCGAACAAGAGGCUAAUAAGGCUUUGGUGGUGGUUAAAAAUGAUGUCAAAAGGCAUGCAUCGCCCCCGAGAAGAGAUGAUGAUCGUGAAGGACACUAUGUCUUCAACCUCGGCGAGAAUCUCACUCCGAGAUAUAAAAUCCUCAGCAAGAUGGGUGAAGGCACAUUUGGUCGAGUUUUGGAAUGCUGGGACCGUCAAACUCGAGAAUAUGUAGCCAUUAAGGUAGUUCGGAGCAUACGUAAAUACCGUGAUGCAGCCAUGGUCGAAGUGGAUAUACUUAAACAUCUUGCUCAGAAUGACACAGGCAGCCUACGAUGUGUACAGAUUAGAACUUGGUUUGACUACCGCAAUCACAUAUGCAUAGUAUUUGAGAAGCUUGGACCAAGCUUAUUUGAUUUUCUAAAGAGAAAUAGAUACUGCCCAUUCCCUGUGGACCUUGUUCGGGAGUUUGGACGACAGCUUUUGGAAUCUGUAGCAUAUAUGCAUGAUUUACACUUAAUCCACACAGACCUGAAGCCAGAAAAUAUUCUUCUUGUGUCUUCUGAAUAUAUAAAGCUUCCUGGUUGUAAGAGGGUUUCGUCAGAUGAAACGCAAUUCAGAUGCUUGCCCAAGUCUAGUGCAAUUAAGCUGAUUGAUUUUGGUAGUACUGCAUUUGAUAAUGAGAAUCAUAGCUCCAUUGUUUCUACAAGGCAUUACAGAGCCCCUGAGGUUAUUCUAGGUCUCGGGUGGAGUUAUCCAUGCGAUUUGUGGAGUAUCGGUUGCAUUCUUGUUGAACUCUGUUCGGGCAAAGCAUUGUUCCAAACUCAUGAGAACUUGGAGCAUUUGGCAAUGAUGGAGAGGGUGUUGGGACCUCUGCCAGGGCACAUGAUUCAGAGUGCCGACCAAAAUGCAGAAAAAUAUUUCAAACGAGGGUUGCGUCUAAACUGGCCUGAAGGAGCAGUUUCAAGAGAAAGCAUUAGAGCUGUGAAGAAACUUGAUCGGUUGAAGGAUAUGGUUUCACAAUAUGUGGGCUUCUCCAGGUCUCUAUUGACUGAUCUAUUGUAUGAUUUAUUGAAAUAUGACCCUUCAGAACGUCCCACAGCGCGACAAGCCCUUAACCAUCCCUUCUUUAAGAGUAUAGCUUGAGAAGGUACAAAUCCUUUCUAAGUUACAGUUGCAAUACAAGUUUGUCUGCAGAAUGCUGACCAUUUUAUUUUAGGGAAAGAGAGAUAGAUUGAGAUUAAGAUUGCUAGUGCAGACAAUGAGUUUUACUUGUAUUUGUAGAAGUAUAAUUAUUAAUGAAAAGCAUGUCAAUAUUGUCUCCAAA